CCAGAGUUUCCUGGAUCAUGUUCUGCACACUGGUGGAGGCUGGAGAGUGUGUUGGGUCGUCAGUGAGGCGCAGUGCUCCAGAGGCGCUUGGAGACUCUGAGGAAUUCACUUUUGUAUCAGCAGGUGGUGGAACGUGCCAGAAUGGAGUUCAGGAUGAGUCUGCUGCUCCUGUCUCUUGCCGUGGUCAUGGCGUCUGGCCAGAAGAGGCACCAGGCUAAAGCGGAAUGGAAUUACCGUGAUGGCUCUGAUAAAGUGAGCAUGCGAGGUGUGGCCAACCUGACUCAAGUUCUGGACGACUGGAGGUUUGAUAUCCUGAGCCAAAUGAAGGGGCAGCUGCAGAACGACCACCAGACCCUGCUGCCGGACUACUCCAGGAUCCAGCCUCUCUCAGAGGCUUUGAAUGAUCUCUACAAGGAGUUCAACGCUUUAAAGGCUCACCUCGGUGACCUGACCGAGAAGUUUGGGCCCAUUGAGACGUUCAUUGACGAGCUGAAGGCUAAAAGAGCCACCGCAGCCGCGGCCGGGGCUUCGGUCGGAGCUAGAGCUGGAGCUGCUGCUGCCCCACCAAGAGGCGGAAGACCUGUUAGGAACAAACCUCCACCGUCGUGAAAUCUUGGAGCUUUCUAAAAACCCCAGACAGAGCUGGUACUCUCUCCAAAGCCACAUUCAGCAGACCACCAUGUUUUAUUUCCUGUAGAGCUUCUAAAUCUUUUUUUUUUUGCCAUCUUGUUACUGCACGAGGCUGGAAAACUGGUAAUAUACAAUACGCUGACCAAGGUAAAAUUACCACCCACCCCAACCCCCCUUUGUGGUUUUCUUGCAGUUUUCUUGAGGUUUUGCUCCAAGCGAAAGUGGCAAUUUGCAAAUGUAGGGAUCUACUUUAAGAGAAAGCAUGGAGGGAUAUAUGUUAAACAGCUGUAGAUUAUGUUUCAGUAAACGCACAGUAUAUACAUCACCUCAGAGUAUGUUAUUUAUAUAUACCGUAUAUGUACACAAACUCACUGAGCACUUUAUUAGGAAGAUAUGCAUACCUAAUACUUCCUGAUUGGCCAGCAGCUUUAAGUAAAGUGCAAAAAAAAAAAAAAGAGUGGCGAAUAAUGCAAAAUGUCAACAGAAAUUCUGACAGAAAUUCUACAGUAACUCAGUUUACCACUCCGAACAAUUAUAGCCAACAGGUGGAUGGGUUAAAACAGCAGAAGACCAUGUCAUCCGAUUCCACUUCUGUAAGUCAAGAACAGAAAGCUGAGGCUGCAAUUAGCAGAAACUUGACAAAACCGUCCUCAAAAUCAGUUGGCUUUCCCUGGUCUGAUGAAUUUUGAUUUCUGCUCAGAUUUCUACAUACGGUCAGAAGUUAUCAUAAACUGCAUGAAUAAAUCCAUGGACCCAACCCAGCUACGACUUUUCGGUUAGUUUUCUAAAAUGUAACAGCUAUCUAGGAAAGUUAUGUUAGAAAUGUUAUAUGAUACUGUUAUGAAAAAACCCUUGAUUAUGGCACACACUUUCAGGAAGUUCCUGAAACAUUAUUUCUGUAACAGCUGGAAAUCUGCCUAGUGACAAUAUAGAGUUAAAUUGACAUGUUCUCUUGCCGCUAUAUUGGCUGGAAGGCUACAGUAACUCAGUUCACCACUCGUUACUGUUAUAGUGAACAAAAAGCAACAAGGAAUGCACAACAUCUUAAGCCUAGAACAACAAAAAAGCAACAACAGCAGAAACACAGGUAGCAUUCCCGUUUGUUCAGCCAAGUACAGAAAGCUGAGGCUGCAGUCGGUACUUACUUGCCAAAUCUGGACACACUACCAUGGACCCAAACCCAACCUGUCUUGUGUUAGAAGUUUAAACAAGAGAAGGUGGUAUAAUGGUGUGGGCAAUGUUGCUAUGUUUUAGCCCAUUGCAUUAUUACCAACCAAUUAUUGCUCGAGUUAAUUAUUGCCCCAGAGUAGUUUUGCUGACCAUGUGCAUCCCUUCAUGACCACAAUUUACACAUGCUUAUAAGAAUCAAGUAUAAUAAUGCACAGAGUUGCAAAGCAAUGUCACUCAAGUUUUGCAAGUUUGAUGUUCUGAAAUGGUAGUUUGUCUCAGUCAAAUCAAAUAAAGUGAAUUAAUAGAAAAACUCCCUCAGAGAUGGAGGAGGAAGAAACCUUGGGAGGACCGAGACUCACAUUUAAAGGGGGACCAUGCUACCACUGGCCAGACAGCUAUUAAAUGAAUAUUAAGUCAUUUUGCAUUUACACAGGUCUAAUAAAGCAGUUAGAUAAUGAAAACAGAAUCUAAAUCCAGUAAAAUCUUGUAGUAGAAAGUGAAAAAGUAAGAAAUCUGCAGAAACUGUGUGAUGCAAACACGUCAACAUGAUUCCCAAGCAGAAUCCCAAAAACAAUAAGAAGAACUGAAAGUGUAAUAGUAGAGUAUUACUAAUAAAGUGCUCAGUGAGUUUUGCCCAUGAUUGUUUACCAUCAUACUCUUUGAUAAUAUCAAAUCUAGACCUCAUAACUCAAACUAAAUAGACAAAACCAACAGAAAUACAGAGAUAGUUCCAAAUAGCUUGGAAUAAGUUUUGUUAGAUGAAUUUAUAAACUGCAAGAGCAAAUGGGGUAUGUAUCCUGAUAUAAAUCAAAUAUUAAGGGGUAUAGUCUUCAUAGUCUUCAUGUCAUAAUAAUUGCAUUAUCUUCACAUAGUACAGUAUAUUUUCUACAUGUCAUUAAUAACUUUUUUUCUGACCUCAGCAUUGUUCAUUGUGCUUACUUUCACAUACUGCCAUAUGUUUGUUCAUAUAAGAAUGAUACAUAAAGCAAAUAAAAAAUGCAUUAAAAUGUUUUUUUUUGCACUUUUAAAGAGUGUAAUUAAUAUUAGUAUAAAUUGUCAUAAUGGUUUUGGGAAAAUACAUGGUCUAAAAAAAGUCUGUUCGUAUACAGCUCUGGAAAAAAUAAGAGGCCACUUAAAAAUGAUGAGUUUCUUUGAUUUUACCAAAUUGAAAACAUCUGGAAUAUAAUCAAGAGGAAGGUGGAUGAUCACAAGCCAUCAAACCACCAAACUGAACUGCUUGAAUUUUUGCACCAGGAGUAAAAAUAACAAAGUUACCCAAAAGCAGUGUGUAAGACUGGUGGAGGAGGACAUGAUGCCAAGAUGCAUGAAAACUGUGAUUAAAAACCAACCAGGGUUAUUCCACCAAACAUUGAUUUCUGCACUCUUAAAACUUUAUGAAUAUGAACUUGUUUUCAUUGCACUAUUCAAGGCCUGAAAGCUAUAUUUUUAUUUGGAGUUUGGGAGAAAUGUUGUCUGUAAUUUAUAGAAUAAAACAACAAUGUUUCGUUUUACUCAAACAUAAACCUAUAAAUAGCAAAACCAGAGAAACUGAUUCAGAAACUGAGGUGCUCUCUUAAUUUUUUUUUCAGAGCUUUAUAUGUAUAUUGAAUUAUAUAAUGUAUAUAUACUUAUAUAUAUUCUUAUUCCAAUUCUAACUUUAGCCUUGUUUAUCACAAGCAUUAUUCUGCAUUAGCAUCUGUCUGGCAAGCCUGGUAAUGCUGUGUCUUUUUUAAUGUCUUUUGGCUCAUAACUGCGGUCUUAAGGUCUUAAGCUACCAAUAAAGUGUCCUUUGCAUUUAU